GUGUGUGACUGAAGGACUGCUUCAUGCUUCUGGUCUCUGGAUUAGAUGAGAAUGCUGGUCAUUGGAAUUGUGAUGAUGUUCACAGGAGCUUCCAUGGGUUUGCUGUCCAUGAACCCUGUUUGUAGAUUUACUCAGAGUGAUCCAUGUUAUGGAGCUGUGGGACGACCGCUGUACCUGCAGCUGCCAUCUGAGUAUGAAUUAGUCUUAAAAAUGAGCAACAGUGGAACUUCUUUUGUUCUCAUUUUCAAAUUUAAAAACCAAAUAACCUCAAAGCAUCAUUCAGAUUAUCCAAGAUGGGAGUUUGCUACUGAUAACAGAACCAUGAUAAUAAGCAAUGCAAAGAAAAGAGACUCAGGAAAAUACACACUAGAAACAUUUGAUUCAUUUGGGGGAUCAAAAGGCGCUUAUUUUCUUCAGCUGAUUAUUGAAGGUUUGUCCGUGAACCCUGUUUGUAGAUUUACUCAGAGUGAUCCAUGUUAUGGAGCUGUGGGACGACCGCUGUACCUGCAGCUGGAAUAUGAGGAUGAAUUCAUCUUAAAAAUGAGCAACAGCGGAACUUUUUCCAUUCUCAUUUUGAAAUAUAAAAACCAAAGAGCCACAAAGCAUCAUUCAGAUUAUCCAAGAUGGGAGUUUGUUACUGAUAACAGAACCAUGGUAAUAAGCAAUGCUGAGAAAAGAGACUCAGGAAAAUACAAAUUGGAAUCAUUUGAUUUAUUCGGGGGAUCAAAAGGCAUGUAUUUCCUCCAGCUGAUUAUUGAAGAUACUAUUGUACAGACCAACUAUGAAGCUGAGAAGCCCAAAGACACUUUUGGGGUGCUUGUGGUUGUGCAAGUUUUGGAGAUUAUUAUUCUGCUGACAUUGUUAGGAGGCUUUCACAUCUACACCAAAAUCCAAAGAAAACGGAUCAGCAGAACAGUAGAAACUACGGAACAGGAGGGGCAGGAGAGUCUGUACACCAAUACGGAUCAAGAAGACAGAGAACAUCAUCAUCGUCAGAGGAGAUAAACCUUCAGAAUCUGCACCUCACACAACCUGAACCACAAACUAAGAAGCAUAAAGACAUUUGAAGAACAUAGAUUUAGAUUCUCCAAUCUAACUUAAUGACUGGUAGAAAGUAUGGCCAUGAGUCCAUGAUUACUCAUUGCGUGCUAUUUUAGUGUAAACGUUAUGUAGACCAGUAGCUCUCUGUCUCAUGGUGUUGCUUUGCUUGUCUUUAUCCCUCUCUCAAGACAACCUUGCAGUAGUCCAAAGGACUCUGAGUACUUGCUGUGCAUUUCAGGCUGCAAACCCUCUCAGUAUUUACCCAUUAUUGGUCAUCUUUGAACAACAAGAAUAUUAGAGAUUUAUACAGGGAUGAUAAGAUUUGAUUUGAUUGCAUUUAGCCAUGUCAGCAUUAGUAAGGUCAGGUACUGAUGUUGGAUGAUUAGUUCUGGAUCAGAAACACCACUACAACUCAUCCAGAAGGUACUGGAAAGCUCUAUCACUCUAGAGAAAGCAGUUGCACUGCCCCAAAGCAAAGUGCUGGGAGAUUUUUAGGUAUUUCACCUUUUAUGGUGCAUAAUAUUAUCAAAAAAUACAGGGAAUCUGAAAACAUCUCUGUGCAUAAAAAGCAAGGCCAAAAACCACAGCUGCCUGUGACCUUCAGUCCCUCAGAUGGCACUAUGUUAAAAACUGGCGUAAUACUGUGAUAGAUAUAACCACAUGGGCUCAGGGAAUACUUUGAUGAAGUACAGUGUCAAUAAACACUGUUCGUGGCUACAUCCACAAAUGCAAGUUAAGACUGUACUAAGCACAAUGGAAGUCCAUUUUUUCUUGAGGAAGCAUUCUCCUCUUGAAACAAGAGUUUAAUAUUGUAAUUUUUAGCAUUAGUGUCACCCAGCAGAGUCCAGCUCAAAGCACCCCAGACCAAUUCUAUUUUUUAUCUUUCUGUCACUGCAACACCAGUGAUUCGAAUUUGUGUUCUUACAUAUGAGUCUUUAUCCUCUAAUCAGUGGUUAGCUAGAACUGAGCGCAGGUCACUCAUGUUAUCUUAGCCUAGCAGGCUACAGCUGAAAGCACUACAGAACAGGUUCGAUUUCAGCUUUCUGUCACUCCACCAUGAUUCGGUUGACUGUGCGCUCACUGUUGUACGCUUUUAUCGUCUGUAAUUCUGACAGCAGAGCCCCAGUUAGUUGAAUCGAACCUGAACAGGGGUGUUUGAAGCUCUUCAGCUAUGCUAAGCUAACUAGGAGAGAGAAGCCGGCUAGCAUUAGCUUAGCUAGAAGGCACCAGCUCCAGACACCAGAGAACAGGUCUAAUCUUUCCCUCAAAACAGGCUUUCUGUCUCUCAAACAUCAGCCGCUCGAGCCAUUUUCAUCUAAAUUAGUGCCAGUUCAUUGCCUCGACUCCUUAACUAUGGAGAUAUGCUGUUAUGUUACGUUUAUCUAAACUAUUUACCAAAAACUUGACUAAAUAAAUUGGUUUUCACCUAGAGUUAAAGACUGAGGCUGUGUCUGAGCACUGACUGGAAGUUUGUUCCAAAGCUGGGGGGCUUUGUAUGAGAAGGCUCUCCCCCUGAUGUAACUUUAUUAAUUUUGGAUACUAAUAGUAAGCCAACACCUUGUAUUCUGAGUAGGCGAGAUGGUUCAUAGUAGGAGAGAAGUUCACUCAGGUACUGAGGGGCGAGUCCAUUUAAAGCUUUAUAUGCCAGUAAAAUUGGAAUUAUAUUAUAUGGAAUUGGAAUAUAUGCCAGUAAAAGUGGAAUUUAACUGGCAACCAUUGUAGAGUCGAUAAAACUGGGCUGAUAUGGUCAAAAUUUCUGGUUCUUGUGAGACUCUGGCUGCAGUGUUCU